AGCCGCUACCUAGCAUGUAGUACCUUCCACAGUUCCUUUUCAAUUUGUAGUACAUUUUUAUCUUACAUAAUUAUACUUAUUUCAUUAAUGUAAUUUUAUGUAUCAGAAAUAUAACGGUGAAACUAUGUUUAACAGCAUUCAUUGCGCUGAAUUCCAUAACAACAUUAGUGAUCUGCAAUUCAAAACAUACACCUUCGCGUGAAAAACUUUAUCCAGAAGGUGCACGUAUAAGAGAUGUUAUCAAGAGUGGCAAAAUCUAUGUAGAUAAGACCAGUGCAGCUUUCACAAUAUUAACCGAUGAAGAACGCCACAUUGGCUUAUUUCGACCAAGACGGUUUGGAAAAAGUCUGUUUUUGGAUACGUUAAAGGAAAUCCUUGAAGGUAAUAAAGAACUGUUCAAGAACUGUUAUAUAGGAACAACAAAUUAUAAUUGGAAUAUUAAGCAUAUUGUUCUAACAUUUGACUUCUCUACACUUUCUGCGAAAAAUAAAGAUGAUUUUGAAAAGUCAUUGAUGGAAGAACUUUUUAGCAUGGCGAAACUUAACAAUGUAUUUAUUGAAGGACCAACCAUGGAUAGUCUUUUGACUAAUCUUAUAGAUGAAUUAUCAAAGAAGAUUGAUAACACCACUAUCCAUGGCAUUGCUGUAUUGAUUGAUGAAUCUGAUACACCAGUUGUAAGGGACCAUCAUAAUUCAACACUCUCAAAAAACAUUUUAGUAAUAAUGGACAAUUUCUUCUGCAGUCUUAAACGCAAUGCUGGAAGCGGUAGAAUCAAGUACACUUAUGUUACUGGAGUGGGUAACUUCGCCCUUUUUCCAACUGGCUCUGGACCCAACCACAUUACGGAUAAGUCGUUACAACCUAAAUACAGUACUGCUAUAGGUUUUACAGAAGAUGAAAUUAAACAACAUUUUUCAGACUAUAUUUCUCACAUGGCGCAUACUAGAAGCCAACCUGAAAACGAGGUAACUGAGAAGAAUAUACUCGAGGAAAUGUGUGAAUGGUACAGAGGUUAUUUCUUCUCGGAAGAUACAAGUCCAAAAAAUGCUAUCUUCAACCCAUGUUCCAUAAAGCGGUAUUUUCUAAAUGGACACCCAGAACAUACUUGGUUAAUGAAUGGGAGGGCCACAGUGUUGAAAGAUGAACUUCAAAAACAUUCCUUAGAAGAGGUGUUGAAGACUUGUUACCUCACACCAAAACCUAUUUCCAAAAUCACUCUCCAAAGAAGCAUGAGCAUUGAUAACAUCAAAUUGUUACCCUUAUUUUACUACUACGGAUAUUACACCAUUAAGGAAUAUGAAGAUGGCAACUAUUAUCUUGACUUCCCAAACUUGGAGGUUAAAGAUGCCUUUUAUGAGGAGGUUGACCUAGCAGUAGAGGAUAGGGAGAAAGAAAUAAUGGAACUGAAAAACUCUCUUGAAAUCUUAGAUCUCGAUCAAUUCUUUACAACUCUAAAUAGCAUUUUUCUUCACAUCCCAAGUACCCUGUAUGAUCCCCAAUGUACAGAAGAAGCAUUUCUUAAGGCUAUGCAAGCACUGUUGACAGGUGCUGACAUUCUAGCUGAAUCCGAGUACACCUAUUCCACACCAGACAUUGUGGUCCAACUGAAAAAUAGAGUAAUUGUUUUUGAGCUGAACAAGGUCGGAGAAAAUGAGGGAGAGAAUAAAGUUAUGGAAGAAGCAUUAAAUCAAGGCAAAAAACAUGUGCAAGUUUUCCUACAUAAACAUAAACCAGUCACACUUGUAGGUGUAUGCUUUAAAACAGCUGAUCGGACAAUUGGUUGGAAAGCUAUAUAUUAUUCAGAAAGUGGAGAAGAGAUUGAACAAACCACCACAAGUCCCUAAUACAUCAGAACAUCACUCACCAAUUUACAAAAAAAAUUAAUAUCGCAAUAAGUUUGAAUUUUCAAAAACAAAUUCAUCAAAUGUUUUUUCUACGAGUACAAUAAUUGCAAAUUUUAUCAUGUUAAUCGUCGUCGUCGUGGUUCCUUGUCCUUUACAGGACAUUGGAAAUCGCAUUUUUGUGGUACCCUAACAGGAUGUUAAUACCUACUAAAAAUUUUCAUUUCCAGUUUAUUUUUCAUCUUGCUCACUACAUUGAUAUCUUUCACCUGUUUGAAGAUAAUUAGCUACAUCUUUUUGGCUUGUUUCUUCUCUCUAUCCAUACUUUUGUGAUACCUGCACAAUAGGUACCUACCUAAUUCACUUUUUGACAAUACAAACAUUCGUAAUUACUUCCAAACUCUGUUUUGUCUUCUUCUUCUCCCAUACCUAUUUUUUUUUGUUUUUUUAUUUGAGAUUUAUCCCAGCCUUAAAUCUUGAUGGAUUGUGUAAGUACUACAUAUUUUUAUUUUAUUCUUGCUGUUCUUGUUUUAAUAAUUAUAUAGGUACGUGUAUCAUAUCUGUACAUAACUUAUUACUCAAUGCAUAUUUUAUCCUGUAACCUUGGCCCUCUUUGUUUUUAUUUGAAAAUUAUUAUUUGUACAAUGUACUCAAGGAAACACUUACCUACUUACUUCAAAUCCAAUUAUGCCUGAUCAGAUCUAGUCAGAUCAGGGUUUUUAUAAUACUUACAUAAAUGAAAAAUGAUUAAACAGGACUGCA